AUAUGAUUUUUUUUUUAAAAUAAAUUUCCUUCAUUGUUCCUUAAAGAUUUAUAUGUGUCGUUAUAUCUACUUAUUUCUCUCACUUGUCUAUAUCAAGUAUCUGCCUGCUGAGAAAACCCAAAGAUCUCUCUUAUCACGGUUUUUUUGUCUGUUUGACAAAUCGUAGUAGCCAUAGAUUUAUAAUCCUAUCUGUCUAUCUUCUUCUUUGUUUUGAUUUUGGGUUUUUUAUGUUUCAGUCCUUCUUUCUGUUUCUCUCUUUCUCUUUUUUUAACAAAGAAGAGAGAAGAAGAACAGCAAAGGGUUUAGGUGUUGAAGAAGAACAUUUAACAGCAGCUGAGUAACAGUAAAGGAGGGUGUGAGAGGGAUUUAUGUCGGCUAGUUUUAAUCUGGUGAUUGGAGGAGCUCACGAGCAGCUCAGUUUUUCUUCUUGUCUUUCUUUUUCAUUUUCAUCUCUCUCUACAAUUUUCUUCAUCUUCUUUACACUCUGCAUGCAAUCUUGGGGACUCAAACAAGCUUUGCUUACCGAUUCGAUGCGUUUGAGAUCUAAACGGAUUGGUUCUGGAGUUGAAUGCUUUGGUGGUUUUUUAAUAAAAAGAUUUCUCUAUCUCUUUUUGUUCUUAAGAGGGGUGCCGGUACUCACUUGAUAUUCUUCUUAUUCAAGGUUUUUUAAGGGGCUUUAGGGUGAUUCUCAGAGAGUAAAGUAAUUACAUUUUAAUUUUGGAUAUUAUUGUUUUCGAUUUUGGGGGAUUUUGGUGAGGAUUUUGUCACUUUACUUCCUCAAAAAAUGCCUGGUCCUCAGAAACAGUUACUGAAUCAAGAUAAGGUCUGCAAGAUAGAGGUAGUAUCAAAACCAGUCUGUACUGAAAUGGAUGUUGAAGAACUCCAACAACAGCAGCAGCAGCAAAAGGACGCAGUCAGGAAAGUUAGGGUCUUUUGUUAUGAUGCUGAUGCCACAGAUAAUUCUGAUGAUGACGACGAAAGAGUUGAGAUUAGAAGUGGGUUUUCUGGUUACAAGAGAAAAAUUCAAGAGAUUCAAUUUUCAUUGACCCCAUAUGGUCCACCAGUUACUGCUGAUGAAAUCGAGACUUCUUGUCAAGACAGUAGCAGCAAUGCAGCUGCUAUUGCUAAAACCCCAACUAAAAGGGUUUCCAGAACUCCUCAUAGAAAGAGGAGGAGGGUUUCAGGAAAAUCAACACAGAGUCCAUCUGGUAUGAAAUACAGAGGGGUUAGACAAAGGAAAUGGGGAAAAUGGGCUGCUGAGAUUAGAGAUCCUUUCAAAGGUGUUAGAGUUUGGCUGGGUACUUUCAGUUCUGCUGAAGACGCUUCUAAAGCUUAUCAAAAUGCUGCCAGGAAGCUUGAACUACGAAAAGAAAAGUUAGAUGCUGCUUCUGAGAUAAAAGAUGAUGACGACAACUAUACUGUGGAUUCAACCAUGGACUCAACCACCUCCGCCACUGGUUCUACUUCUAGUCUGUAUGUUCCAGAUGAAUCUGAGAGUCUUACAUCUCAUUCAUCACCUUCAUCGGUUCUUGAUGUAUCAACUGCAGCGUCAAAUGUGGAAGAGCAAGUAACAUCAGUAAAGGAAGUAAGCGAACCGAUCACAGUGACAGAACAAGUGGAAGAACAACAGCUGCAAGUUCAACCACAAGAAGAGAAGAAACAGGAGGAAGUGCAGGUGCAGCUCCCUGUCCCUGAUUUGUUUAAUGAACCAUUGAUCCCAGCAUCAGUAGAGCGUGAAUUGGACAUUGGCUUUGAGCUUGAUUCAUUCUUAAUGAAUGAUUUCGGUCAAGUUUUCGAUGACUUUGGAGACUGGGAUGAUUUUCAAUUACUUGGUUUUGAAGAGGAACAACAAAAUGAUCUCCUAAAUUUGGACUUUGAUUUCAAAACCGAAGAACUGGCUUGGAUGGAUGAACCUCUAAAUCUUGCUUGCCCACAAGUUUUGCAACUUUAGAUUACUAUUACUUAUGUUUAGUUUGUUAUUACUACCUAUUUUUUUAUUUUAUAGUCCCGGUUUAUAAUACAAUCUCAAGAACUGAUAUAAACAAGUUAUUAGUUCUUGAGAAAGUUUAAGUUUUCGUUGCCGAGAGUUUGUUUCAUCUUUUGUUAAUGUGUUACUGUUGAGAGGAUGUUCUGUAAGGAGAAUGUGAACUUGGGUUUUCCUGUGCUCUUAGAGCAGUCCCAUUGUUCUCGUCUCUUCUUUUUAGAGAGGAAAUUACUGUUUGUUUCUCUGGUUCUAAUGUGAAAUCCAAAGUUUUUUCCUCUCUUUACUUUGUGAGCAUUAUGUAGUGAAUGAAUGGUGCAGGCUUUGCCUGCUUUAUCUUU